AUGAACAAAGAACCAUCAUGGAUAUCCAAAGUCAUCGAAGCCAUCGAAAAGGUCUGUCACCACCUUCAUCAUGGGCUCGAAAAGGCUUACUUCAUCGCCUGGCUCGCCACCAAAGAUACGAAGUUGUUGGUUCUCCAUCGCUUUCGCUCUCUCCUGCUCAAAUUGAAGUCGGCUCUGCCAUGCGAAAUAUGUUUGGUGCCAGUGGUCUGCGGAUAUAUUUGCGAUAGGUGCGUGUACCAGUGGAUAGGAAGAAGCCAGAGUCGAUUGCGAGGAGGUUGUAUCGACCGAAUUACUGCGGAAAUGAUGCAUGUUUGGAAUUGCGUUGCUGCUGUCCCGAUGGCGAGGCCUACUCCUUGUUCGCUUUCUGUUGUGGCGUUUGCCCAUUUUGUGAAGUGUUUUGUAUUUUGA